AUGACUGUCGUCACAGAAAAAGGAGUUGCGAUUGCCGAGUUAAUCGUCUAUAUACCCAUAUCCUUGGUUACUCUCUUCGUUGUCCUCCGCCAUGGCUUUCACAGACAGCUCGGGUGGAUCUACCUCUUCAUAUUCAGCGGAAUUAGAAUCGCAGGUGCUGUGAUGGAGAUCCUCAGUGAUUUGCAUCCAGACAACACCUCAGAUGUGGAGUGGGCUAUCAUAUUGCAGUCAGUGGGGCUCUCUCCACUGCUGCUGUCUAGUCUUGGCUUAUUGAAGAGAGUUUUCGAUGAGAUUUGCAACCAUGAGCCAUCAGCCCAAGGCUCUCAAGCCACUUCACUAUUGCAGAGAUUGAGUUCCUUCAGCAUUGUCGCAACGAAGAUUCUAGGAAUCUAUAACAAGAAAGCAACCGCUAUCUCUGGUCGCAGCAAAGUCGUUCAGUUACUCCAUAUCCCAGCCCUUAUUGCGUUGAUUCUUUCGAUCAUCGGCGGAAUAAAUCAAUACUCGUCGAACACAUCCGAACAUUCUGAAGGACAAAACGAAACCAAAGCUGGGAUCAUUCUGUUCCUCGCAAUAUACAUCGUGCUUUGCAUCCUGUGGUCGACAACAUUCAGGGACCUCCCUCGGAUGGCACCAAGCCAAAAGCGUAUCGUCGGCGUGGUCCUGUUAGCGUCGCCAUUGAUAGCUUGUCGUCUGCUGUACAGUCUUCUCACCGAUUUCACCCAUGACCGUCAAUUUUCCUUGGUCGAUGGAAAUGUGACUAUCCGGCUUUGCAUGGCCACCAUCGAGGAAUUUCUUGUGGUUCUGAUGUACACCGUGCUGGGCGUGUUUACUCCUCGUUCUGAAGUCGCAGCGAACACGACAGAUUCAAGUUCUCAGAAAAAGUCAUAUCAAUCCGGGAAUAUGCAGUUCCAUACUUCGCCUCUUGAUCCUCGCAAUGCCCAUAACCUUGGCGGGUACGAGCCAGUUUAG